AUGGAACGAUUAAUCCUAGCAGCCCAGCUGGCUUCCUUGGGCAAACUGGACAGUCUUAGGACUUUAUUUGCAUCUGAAAGAGAAUAUUUUAUACUUGGAGACCCGUUUAGUCCUCACAGUGCCUGGUCAAUUCUUCUUUUAUUGGUUCCUGAAACAACAGAUCCAGCUGAUUAUCUGCCUCUUGUCAGCGACAUUCGCGCCAAUGGCUUAGAACCAGAUGCCAGUAUCAUUCCAGAGACUGGUAUUACGAAUGAACUGGUUGUAAAUCUUCCUGAAAGCCAGAUUCAGUUAAGAGUGUCGAGACUAUUAAGCGAGCUAAGAGCGCAGUCUAGUGAAUUUGGUUGGCAAACCAGUAAUUCACAUUCCUUCAAUGGCAAUAAUGGUAUUAAGAAUAGCAAUGGACACACUGAAAUCAACGGAGAUGGCGUAGAUGUUAAUGCUAAGGAUGAUGGAUCACAAUUAGAACAGAGGUUUAUCUCAGACAAUGUAUAUACACAAUGGCUUAAGUGCCGUCUUCGGGCUAUUGAUAGAUGCUGUGGACAGCUCGAUUGGUUUGUUCCAUUACUGGCUAAUGCACCAGAAGCAGUUCAGGAUUGGUACUAUGGUACUGCCAACGUAGUAAACCAAUAUCGUGCUUUAUAUGCUAGUUCUCCUGACCAAUUCAGUCUUCAAAGUUUUGAGCAAACACCACCAGAAGAGAAUAUAUGCCAUUUACUUUCAUCAACAUCGGCAACACGCGUUGCACGAGAUUUUGAGAAGCUGGUUGUUCCAUACAUUUCAUACCUUAAUGCCUGGGAGCACAGUUUGAACAAGUGGAUUGCAAAACAAGCUGAAUCCAACCUCUUUGAAAUACUUGUGCCCCUUUCUGAAGUAAACCAGUCCUCGGUUUUAGAAACACCUUUACUAGCUGCAUGUUAUUUGCACCCAGGUCAUGGUAUCAAAGAUUUCGAGACGAUACGAAACAUAUAUCAGGGUAUAUUUACUAGUCAGAGAACGAGUGUAUCGGGAGAUGAGAGUAAGAAACUCCAAGAUGUUGAAAUCUUAACUUCUCCUAUUGAUUCAUAUGAUUUUGAGAGCCUACUUUUGUCACCGAGAACAAAGCCAGAUCAACAAUCUUUACGGGUUCUCCUACAAACAGUAAAUAGUUGCGAAGUUCUAUCAUCUAUCGGGCUCCCGGCAAACAUUAAAUAUGUGGUAAAGAUGCAAACCAGUAGUACUGUUGAGGAAAAAAAAGAGCUCGCCCUUAAAUAUCUCGACAAAGCAAAGAGAGCAAAAUCUUGGGUUAACAUUAAAAAUGAUCUGAAAACAUUGGCUGCUAGCCACUUGCUUGAUGGAGUCGAAGACAAUUGGAUUGAAUCAAAACUUAUCUCAGAAGCUUUGAAGUCAAACGACUUUGAUUUUGUUGGCCAGAACUUCUCUAACCACGGCAUGUUUGUGGAUAUUGUGCUGGAGCACCUGUAUUCCUUUUACGAUAAUAACCAGAUGAAAAAUGCGUCGCAUUGUUUGCAUUUGCUCCAAUCGACUACAAGUUCUAAACCAUCAGAGUCUAAAGAUGUUGAACGCGCCAGUGCAUUAAUAUUGGCAACACGCGAAAUUUCUAAGUACGAGGGGAUAACAUUGAGCCCACAUGAAAUCAAGUCCAAUGCACCGUUAGAAACAAUCGAUCACAUUCUUUCGAACAAUCAAAUCAGCUAUCGCGAGCUUCAACAACUUUCCAAAAUUGCCGAUGACUUGGCAUAUGCUAACCAGUACGAUGAAGUUAUGGUGGACUCAGUAUCAAGACAAAUACGAGCUAUGUGUGUUACCUAUGCGCUUGUGAACGAUAAUUUCAAGGUGGCAUAUGACUACUGUGUACCAGAAUUCACUAGCUACAACGAUGAGAAUAAGACGAGUCUCAUUGCCUGGACCUCGUGCUAUCAAGUAGGAAAAUACGUUUCGCCAUUCUGGGAUUUCCCACCUGCUUCUGUACUCGAUCAACAACUCAAUAUUCUUUCACAGACACUUCGUAUUUGCCCUAAAGAAAAUAUCUCGUCUAUCUUGCUAACCUGGAAGAAGAACAAUAAUCUGCGUCAGGAAAUUACCCAAGACUCCAAGGCUCACAAAACUAAUCACCAGGGAUCCUCUCACACUGCAAGCUCGCUUAAUACAGAUCCGUCUCACUCAGCAUACUCAUCCCUCUCGGCUUCACGUAUUGCCAAAGCGAUCUCGUCAUCUGCUGCUGAAUUUACAUCUCCAUCAAACCCAGCCGACUCGUCUUCAGGAAGACGGACACAGAUCUCGAACAUGCUCGUCAGCGGUCUCGGCUGGGCCAUUGGUGCCAACCAACAGUAG